GCAGUGGCAACAUCGAAGCUCCCUCUGAGAGAUAUAGUAGAAAAUUCGCCGAAAAUAAACAAUACUAUAUCUUAUCGGCAAUGCCACUGACAUGUCAUCGUUUGCUGCUGCCGCUGCUCCUGUUCGCUUGUCAACUGCUGGCUGAAAUUCCGCAGUGCUUUCACUUCACCUGGAUAGGUGCCUACUCGAAUCACUCGAACAUUCUCACGGAGACCUGCGAGUCCCGCGUGGGUGACUUCAAUGAGAUACCCUGCGCGGAGCCGCUGGUUGUGACACUUGACGACACAGUGCCGGAUGUGAAGGCGCUGUGGCAAAACAACACCGAGAAUCGCGAGAACUUUCUGUGCCAAAUGUCGCCGGGUCGGUCAUGCGUGAAAUACUCGUACAUCUUCAAGGGCGGAUUUCAAAACAUCACGUACAUGUGCGCCAAUGUGAACAGCACCAACGGAUGCUAUCGACAGACCCACGCAACUGGCAUGGUUGUGGAGGCAUGUGUCUGCACCUCCCGCGUGGGCCUGAUACCCUGUAAUGGCUGCUCGAAGUCGCAAAGUGCGGUGGUGGGCUGGGCUCUUUGUUUGCUCGGCCUUUAUCAAUGGCUGUAUAAAUAUCGAAUAGUUUGAACUGCAAAUACACACGGUUUUGCCUUUAUGUAAUGUGACAUUUCCGCUUUUCGCGUUUGAUUUUGACAAGUUUUUGCGCAAUUUAUGUGCACUCUUUUGUAGGCCAUCUAUUUUCGGUUCGGUUUUUUACUGCCGUUGUUUUUUACGCCCCAUCGAUGUGGCCAAAUAAACUGCCAUAAUUUAUUAGCUCGGCCAUUAAUCAAUUGCAAGUUGAUGAUGACAAUGACGUCCGCUGUGCAAAGUGCAUUUCAGUGUAGGAAUUUUGUUAAAUAAAUAAACGAAAUGCUGUACAUAAAUCAA